GCUUGUUCCCCGAGGUCAAGGGGCGCGCCCCACUAUUUGAGAAACACUGUAGUAAGGUUACUGGGGAUUGCAUCCUGGGUGCUCCCAGCAUGGAGUUUGCACUUGGGUUUGCAAAGGUUUCCUGCAACAUGCAUGUUAGGUAAAUUGGUGAUACUAAAUCAACCUGAUAUGUGUGCGUGCACGUGUGUCUUAAGGGGUCUGAUCCUGACUGCAUUUGUAGCUUGCUGGGAUAGGCUCCAGAUGCAUCUCUGCUCUGGAUAAGUGGGUUUAGAUGAUGACUGGAUCCACUAAUAAUACUAUAAUCCAUCAUGCCCAAAUCAGCUCUGUACGUGGUACGUUGCCAAUCCUUAAAACAGAUAGAGAAAUACUGGAUAUAUUUCAGUUAAAGAUCUUUUCCAGAUUUAUCUUGAGAGAGAACAGUUCAACUUGUAGAUUUUGUAUUCAGUAUUUUGUGACUUGUUCUCAUAAAAUCAAACAAAUUUGAUUUUGUCUUUAGUUGUAGGGGCAAACUCUAUGUGCAUGAGAAUUUACAUCUAAUGAAUGCUCACCCAGAAGUACAAUACAUGUAAUGUAGUGAUAAGAAACACUUUGGGCAUUUUGGACCGCAUAAACGGAAGAGAAACUUGUUUGUCUGAUGUUUUGUGUUUUAAGUUCAACAACAGAAUUUAAAAAAGAAAAAAAUGACCAAGUCUGCAAGUGAACUCACUGUACCGGUUAACCUUUCAUACAGUGCCGGGCUCUGUCAGGUAGCAUACCUUUGUUAAAAAAAGAGGUAAGCAUGCCUGUGCUGGAAGAUCAACAUACAGUUGGUAUUCUGUACAAGUAAAUGAACUCCUCUGCCUUCCAUGGUUGGUUCCAGCCUUUUGUGUGAUGAUGCUGGAGUAGUUUUCUACUACAUGAUACCUUGCAGUAGAAUAAGCAGAGAAGUGUGUAUGGAUUGCCCCUGCCACCUAACAGUGCAGUAAAUCCAACAUCAGGUAUUUACUUGAACAGAACAGACUGGGCAUAUGUACAAAUGGUCUUGUGAACAAUGGAAAGUCUAGCUGUAACACUCAGUGAUGGUUCCACUUCUUUUAUUCAGCAGGCUAUCAAAGAUGGAAAGUUGAUUGAUGGGGACACCAUACAACUAGAAGAUGGAACCACUGCAUACAUCCAGCAGGUUACUGUCCAACAGAAAGAGACCAUGACCUUUGAAGAUGGCCAACCAGUUCAGCUGGAAGAUGGGACCACAGCGUAUAUUCAUCAUACACCAAAAGACGGCUAUGAUCCAAAUGCUGUGGAAGCUGUCCAGCUGGAGGAUGGAAGCACAGCAUACAUUCACCAUCCCAUGACUAUGCAGGCAGGUGGCGCCAACUUAGUAGUCCACACAGAUGGAGGACUUGAAGAACUGACCUCAGAAGAGACCACUGUGGACACAGACACAAUCAGUACUCUGGAGCAGUAUGCUAGCAAGAUAUCUGAGUCUGCAGUUAGUCAAAACUUAACCAGCACAAAUGGACUUCGGCAGAUGGACUCCCCUGAGGAACACCCUGCUGUGCAGGUCUUGUUUGAGGGGGAGCCACAGAGCUCUGGGAAGUUGCAGCAAGGCGGUGACAAGUCCUUUCGCUGUGAUUAUGAGGGCUGUGGCCGUCUUUAUACCACAGCUCAUCACCUAAAGGUUCAUGAAAGAGCACAUACAGGUGACAGACCAUACAGGUGUGAUGUGCCAGACUGUGGAAAAGCCUUUGCUACAGGCUAUGGCUUGAAAAGCCACAUCAGGACUCACACAGGAGAAAAACCCUACAAGUGUCCAGAAGACAUGUGUACCAAGGCAUUCAAGACAUCAGGGGACCUCCAAAAGCAUAUCCGAACUCACACAGGUGAACGACCCUUCAAAUGUCCAUUUGAGGGCUGUGGCCGCUCUUUCACCACUUCAAACAUACGCAAAGUUCAUAUUCGCACUCACACUGGAGAGCGGCCAUACUUAUGUGAAGAACCAGGAUGUGGACGGGGGUUUGCUAGCGCAACCAAUUUUAAGAAUCACAUGAGAAUACACACAGGAGAAAAGCCCUAUGUUUGCACUGUGCCUGGGUGUGGAAAACGCUUCACAGAAUACUCCAGCUUGUACAAGCACCAUGUGGUACACACACACUGCAAGCCAUACACUUGCAACCACUGUGGCAAGACGUAUCGGCAAACUUCCACGCUUGCCAUGCACAAGCGCACUGCCCAUGGGGACUUUGAUGCAACAGAGGAGAGUGAACAGGCUCUUUAUGAUAAGCAGAAUUCAGAUGACCCAGAGGCUGAUUUGGAGCCCCAUAUGAAACGCCAAAGAAUCGCUUUCCUUUCGGGCCCAGAUGAGGAUGGCGAAAUUUCCCCUCAGGUUGCUAUGGUGACACAAGAUGUCAUAGGCUCUCAAAUUGCACUUAUUACUCAAGAUGUCACACAACAGGUAAACCUUUCAAAUGAAGACUUACAAGUCCUUGGCACAGCCAUCACCAUGGUGACACAAGAUGGAACAGCGAUCACCGUUCCUGCUCAUGAAAGUGACAUUGCUGGUUCACAGACACACACUGUCACAAUGGUCACAGCGGAUGAUUCUGAUUCACAGCCAGUUGCCAUUGUAACGACAGACGGAAUGAUUGCUGGAGAUGCCAAUAUAGCUGCUCCCCACUACCAGCAGGUGGCUCUGUUGGCUACAGCAAAUGGCACUCAGAUUGCUGUGCAGCUUGAAGAACAGCAAACCCUUGAAGAUGCCAUCAGUAUGGCCACAGCUGCCAUCCAGCAAGGCAACAUGGCGCAGGAUGAGGUGGUGGUUGACAGAAGCUGCUGAGAGACUUUCAUUGUGCUUUUACUGGGCAAGUGAACCACUCAGAUCCUGGAGACAUCAAGAUAAAGAGCUUUACGUUUUGGUAGAACACACAAAAUGCAUUCUACGGAGCUAUAUAUUAUGCAAGAAGAGUUUUAAAAAAUUUUAAUUGCAUACAAAUAGACAAAAAUGUGAAUUAUUACCCAAAUAAGGGUAUACAUUAAGCUGAUUUUAAUAGACUGUUAGGACAAUUUGGGUGCAGCUAUUCAGGUUGAUGAAAACGAAUGGACAAAGUGCUAUGAAUGAAGAUGGUAUGGACUUUGCUUUAUUUUUAUUUGUGUAUUUGAAAAAUAUCAGCUACAAAACUUAGUUUUUUUUAAUAAAUGAAAAAUUAAAAUGUUUUGUUAAAUGGAGGUUA